AUGCGUGCGCUUCGCUGCGGACCUCAGUUUGGAAUUCCUAUUGAAGCCUUCUCUUUUACCAAAGUGGAAAUUGGGGUUGAACACCAUUUUGUGACCGACUACGACCAAGACUCCACGACAUCUCAUGGGGCAGGAGAAGAGGAGAGAGACGAAGACGCAAGCGAAGGAGAUGGAGAUGAACAUGAAGUACACAAAGAACUCGACGAGGAGCGCGAACCACAAUAUUUUUCCCUCCCCCAGACAACACUCUUUUCACUCGACGCCCGAGCCGAGUCCAAUCCUCCGAACUUCUACAUCCGAAGCCAGUGUUUGCUCGUUUUGCCCAAAGACAGAAUACUCAACUGGGUCCUGAAAACGGAUGAACGAAUCAGUAAUGACACAUGUCCUUGUCUAACGAUUGGCCCGGAUUCCGGGUUUCAGGCGUCCAUCGAAAGCCUUGUCGGAGAGUAUGUCAGAGACCAUGACAAGACUCCUCAACGCGAAGGACAAUGCGACAAAUGUUGCAUGUCGUGGCUCAUAAAGAUGCGCACUAUCAAUGAUUCUGAAGCUUGCUUCAACUUGACCCAGUGGCGGAACUUGGGGAGUGGAUUAGAUCCAUUGGAGAGCCAGUGGCUCUUUCAUGCAUCCACGGAAUUGGCUAAUCACAGUGUCCUGGGAGAAGGCCAGAGAUGUGACCCCCGACAGAAAGUUGAGAAAGAGCUUGCCCCGACUGGGGGAUUAAACGCCCUAUCGGAGAAGGAACUGUUUGAUCGAAAUAUCUCCUGGCUGGAUAGUCGGGCAUAUGAAACUGUAAUGACCCCCUCUAUCAAUGGAAAUUGGUGGCUGAACGUAUGGGAGUACAUGCCAAGACGAAACAAGGAAGAGGAUUCCCUGCUUUAG